AUGGGCUCCGUUCCGGAACAGAAGAAGAUCAGGAUCGCGCUCGUGGGAGGAGGAAUCGCCGGGCUGAGCCUGGCUAUCGGUCUCGCUCAUGCAUCGAAUCUGGAGAUUACAGUCUAUGAGGCGACGAAGGAAUAUCGCGAAGUUGGGCAGGGGCUAGCGAUGCAUUCGAAUGCCAUUGCGGCGAUGGAAAGUAUUGAUCCGGCCGUGUUCAAGGCGUGGCGGGAUUCCAGCUCGCUGGUCGGGUCGCCUGAGGACGCAGAUACUAUCAGCGUUACGACUGUCAGUCUGGCCUGGGGCCCUGAUACGGGCGCCAAAGUCGCGGAGUUGGGACAGGCCAAAGCCAGGAAAACUGUUUCCCGGGCGGAUCUUCUGUCGGAGCUGUUGAAGGUUCUACAACAGAGGGGCGGCAGGAUCCAGAUGGGCAAGCGCUUGAAGGAGAUCCAGGAUCUGGGAAAAACUGUUCGCCUAACCUUCGAAGACAGCUCUGAAGUAACGGCGGAUUGUUUGCUCGGUGCUGAAGGCGCCCAUUCAAAGACGAGAGAGUACUUGCUAGGUGCGGACCAUCCAGCGCUGCCAGUCAAAAAUCCUGCACGAUAUGUCAGUCUUCGUAGUAUGAUUCCGAUGGAAGCUGCCAGAACUGUCAUAGACGACCACUGGACACGAAAUGUUAGCAUUCGGAUAGGCCCUCAUGGCUGGAUCACCACAAUGCCCGUCAAGAAGGGUACGGUGUUGCUGAUUGGGACGACCUUCACGGCUCCGACAGAUGAAGAUAUCACCACUACUCCAUUGCCGUUACAGAAGUUUGGCGAGUACUCCGCCGAGUUCCAAAGAUUAAUUGAGCUUUCAACGACUGUCCAUGCUGACCGCAUCUAUUUCUGGGAUCACGAUCCUGCGCCAACGUAUGUUCGAGGUCGAGUGUGUAUGAUGGGCGACGCAGCGCAUUGCAUAACGCCAUUCGCUGGCAAUGGCGCUGCCCAGGCGCUGGAAGACACGGCGGUGCUGAAGGCCUUGUUCCAGCAAUUGAAUACUUCGGAACAGAUCCCAGCAUUGCUCGCAGCUUUUGAUCAGAUUCGAAGGCCGCGUUCGCAGAAAGUCGUCGAGAUCAGUCGCCAGUUUGGCAGGAUCAAUAUGAUGCUGGACCCUCCCGACCACAAUCUCGACGAGAUCAGGUGUAUCUACGGUGAAGGUGCUGCGUACUGCAGCAAUGUUGAUAUCGAGGCUCAGAAUCAGGAGGCGGUGCGGGCGUUGAGGCAGGUCGUUGAGUGA